UACAAUACCAAUUAACAAAAAGUUCUUUGAGACAUUCGAGAAGAAUCAAAGAACAUACGAAGCUCAAUACAUUUUCUCGUCUCUGAAAAUCAUCAGGGACACUUUGUUACCCGAAAAAUUCUAUACGGUGACACUUUGUUACUUAAUUAUCAUUUUUGUUUCCUUUAGAAUCCAUCAAGAUGUUUGAAAGUUGUCUAAGUUGAUUUGGAUUGUUUUCAGCGGUACUUCAUGUGGGAUUCUUUCACGGCUGGCAUUGCAGUUUCGAUCAUGAGAAACUCUGGUAAUAGUAAUAAGAACAACAAUAAAGGUGAGAAUGAUUUCGCGGAGAUGGAGUAUAUGAACAUAACCAUUGUUACUUCAAACGAACCUUAUGGAAUACCCGACAGUUCAAAUCCAUUCUUUUAUAAAAAAAGAACUCCAAAGUUUAACCUAACCCUUGGAGGAGUUCACAGUGGUCAUGUUCAGAGGGGUUUGCGCGACCCAAUCUGCAUAUCGAGAAGCGGAAAAGGAAACUGCAAGGAUGGUUACACAAAAGAGACCUUCGGGCCUGAUUCAGUUCGUGUACUUGUCGCAACACGAGCUAAACCGAGCAAGAACUUCAACAGUGAACUGGAUAGAGAGUUCUAUGACGACUUUUUGGAAGUUUUGAACAGGCCUGGAGAAACAGGGAGGUUUAACUUUUCAACUCAGUUUCUGUACUAUAGAGAAGAAUUGUUCAUAGCAAAUCUUAGUAACACACAGCUCGGAGGAAAGCCUGUUAUUUUCGAUAUGGACAUGAGCGCCGGAGAUUUCCUCUCUCUCUUCUAUCUCCUUAAAGUUCCAGUGGAAAUUAUAGAUUUGAAGGCGGUUAUCGUGAGCCCAACUGGUUGGGCUAAUGCAGCGACAAUUGAUGUGGUCUACGAUCUUCUUCAUAUGAUGGGACGCGAUGACAUUCCGAUCGGUCUAGGAGAUAUGUUCGCCUUGAACCAAUCUGAACCGGGUUUUCCAUCUGCUGGAGACUGCAAGUACGCCAAAGCGGUUCCCCAAGGCUGUGGUGGUUUUCUUGAUUCCGACACUCUCUAUGGUCUUGCUCGUGACCUCCCAAGAAGCCCUCGCAGGUACCUAUAUAUACACCAUAACUCAGUGGCAAAUGGAGCUCCGAGGGACACUGAUCGGACUGAAAUCCGACAACCUCUGGCACUUGAAGUUUGGCAAAAUCUGACCAAAUCUGUUAAUGAAGUGUCAAAGAUCACUGUACUAACCAAUGGACCGUUGACUAGCUUAGCCAAGAUUAUCUCAUCAGUUAAAAAAUCACCCUCGCUAAUCAAGGAAGUUUACAUCGUCGGUGGACAUAUAAGCCGUGAAAAAUCUGACAAAGGGAACGUAUUCACAGUUCCUUCGAAUGCAUAUGCUGAAUUCAAUAUGUUUCUUGAUCCUUUAGCAGCUAAGACCAUUCUUGAAUCAGGUCUAAACAUCAUACUCAUCCCUCUAGCAACCCAACGCAAGUUUUCUUUUCAACCAAUGCUUAAUAAACUCUAUUCCUCGGCGAAAACACCGGAAGCUCGGUUUGUGAAACGGCUGCUUGCAAGAUUGCAAGCUCUUCAUCAGAAUCACAGGAGAUACACGCACAUAGACAUGUUCUUAGGGGAAAUUCUUGGAGCAGUUUUCUUGGGAGGAGAUCACGCUUCAUUGAAGCCGAAACUGCGAGUUGAGCACAUAAAAGUAAUCGCUGAAGGGGAUGAAUCAAAAGAUGGUCAGAUAUUGAUUGAUAAACUGCGUGGAAAACAAAUAAAGAUACUCGAAAGAGUAGAUCUCAGAGGCUGCUAUGUGAGUUUUGCUUCUAGACUCGAUGAUAAGAAACAAUCUGCAGUCAUAGGAAGCUUUGAAGAACAGGGAAAGAAAUGGAACACACCACCAAGUUCAGAAACAUCAAUGCUUGAUUAGACAAAAACCGAGUUAGUACAGAGCUCUUUUCCAGAGACGUUUAUCAACGACAAUAAUACUCCACAGAAAUUGCAACAAUACGAGAAAAGAGUGAUACCUUAAACGGUUUGUGCCACUGGCCAGACAUGGUACUUAGUUGACGCCACUGGCCAGACAUGGUACUUAGUUGACAAUACCAAGAAAAACACACAUAUUAC